GCGGCAGGAUACAUGGCAGAGGCCGGGGCCGUGAUUACGUUUGAGGUGUCGAAGCAGGGCGCCAUCUACCAUGGACUCGCAACACUACUCAGCCAGCCGUCACCGCAGAUGCAGAGAGCCACCACACCCAGACGAAGCAUCGGCAGCGAGAGCGGUAUCCCACGGCAACGGCCGCGCAGCGACGAGCUCACAGACGCACACCGACCGGUGGCGCCCCCGCCGCAAGACAGGAUGUCAGCGCGCUCGAGUCCGGCGAUAAACACCCGCGACCCGAGGUCGGCCCAGGAGCGGCUGCGCACGUCGAGUACCGGAAACGUCAACCAGGAGGCGCCACCGGGCACGCCGACGUCGCAGAAGAGCGAGCCGCCGUCGAAGGCAAAGUCGACGCCGGCGCUACUGGACGACGACGACGAUGACGAUGGCGGAUUCCGCCAGCCAAUCAGAUUCCUCAUGGAUCUUAGCUUCUACGAAUUCCUUGUGGAUUCCAGAUUCCUCAUGUAUUUAGCCAUUUGUGCAUUUGUCGUAGAUUCUAACAUUUAUGCAUUCCGUUUGGAUUCUGGAUACUAUACAUUCCUUGUGGAUUCUUGA